AUGGACGAUUUUAGCCUUUAUCCUGACAAGAUGGACGACGAUUUAAAGAAUUUCGUGGGAUCUCAUGAAGAAAGACUUCUACAAGCUGCGUUGAGCUCAAGUCGUCUCAGAACAGACCUUAUAAACAUUGUUAUCAAAUCAUGCAACGUUUUGAAACCUGUUUUAUUUACGCAUGCAGACGUCGUGCUCGAACUGAUGAAUCAAUGUGAUAAAGAGUUCGAUAAAGACCAAGAAGGGUCGGAACUUACCGCUCUUAAUAUCAGUUUUGAGAAGGUUUUCAGUAUGGACAUCUUAAAAAUGUUGUCUGCCAGCGGAGUAGGUGAUGUUGAUGAUGAAGUGAAACCAGCGGUGUUGGCUAUCAUGAAUUACUUGCACAACAUAGAGUACCACCAGAAUGCCAUAUACAGUGUGAAACGAAAAGGAGGAGAUACAGCCAGUGUAACAGCCGUUAUGGCACACCAUCUGUUUUCCCAGCUUAUUCCAGGCAAUAAAUACUGUAUCAACAACAGAUCUAGAAAUCUACCAAAUGUCUGUCCAUGUCAACAGCCAAACUGUGGAAAGGAAAUCAAGGCGGGAUGUACAGCAUUAGGUUCUGGUGAAACUUGGCAUGGCUAUGUAGACAUUCUAAUAAAUGAUACUAUUGCUGUGUCUGUGAUGAAAGAUAGUGAAGGGACUUCUGAUGAUGAGAACCCAGGACCAUCGGCUCAAAAAAAAUUACGUAGAAGAAGCAGCUGUGUUAGUCAGUACAAAGAAGAUCCACAUGAAAGACACAGUAGAGACUGCUUGUUGAAAAUGAAUGUUAUAGAUCAACUUAUCGCAGAAACUAUCACCAAUGCUUUUUCACAAAUGAAUUUGACCAAGUCUUUGACUGGCUGGCCAAUUCCUACCAUUGGUUGCACAGUUGAUCAAGUUGUUGUGUUUAUGUACGAUCCAAACAAUGAUGUGCUUUUACAGUCUAUGGAACCAAUUUCAUGCUGGCAAACUGAAAAGAUCCUAGAUUUAACGACAAUUAUUUUCAUUUGGAUGAUAUUAAAUUUUCCAAUCUUUAUGUGCAAAAAUCUAGCAGAUGAUUAUGAAUUUGAUGUCUCUAAUUUUCAUAAACUUGCAGAGACUAAACUGAAAAAAUAUCAGAAAAUAGUAAGUGGAGGAAAUAAGAAUUUGGAUUUUGAAAAUGAUACAUAUGCUGAUGUUCUCAUGCCCAAAAUACAUUACAUUGCAAAACAUGUUCAAAAGAGAGAGAAAAAUUGAUUGAAAGCUGUUGAGCAAUGCAAAUCACCUUUGAUAGAUUAUUUUAUAAUGUUUGUACAUUGUAACAUUGAUGACUCUAGGUAGAUGUACAUGUAAAUUUUCUAAACUUUUAUUUUUUGGCUGUGUGUAUUCGCAAUCAUUUUUUAAUUAUAAUCUCCCCAUGCCCUUUUCUUUGCCGAGUCGAAAUAACCAGAGGGAGCACCUACUAUUUUGAAACUUUCUUUGCCUGUAUCCUAUAAUAUUUUAAAAUGUUCCUCUAUGACAUAGAACUGAUUUGUUAAAAUUACUUUUGCGAACAUGUCGGAUACACUCUCUAAAUUAGAUUUACAUAGUUUCUUUUCAAAGAAAUCUUCAAUAAGUUUAUGGACCCAAAUUCGACAAUUUAAAACCAGUUUUGUUAAAUAUUUACAAUAUGUUUAUUGGUUUCAGAAAAGUUAUUAUUAAAGAGUAACAUCACAAACUUAUGUGGUAAUUAACAAGAUAGCCAUAAUAAUUGCUCUUUGUUUUAAUAAAUGUCUGAUAUUACUAUCUUAUCCUCAGGGUCAGACACAGAGUAUUUUGGACAUUUUGACUACCUGUACUUGUAUAAAGAGUUCUUUCUUUUACAACAUUUGAAUUGAAAUUUUUAUUGAAAAGAAUAAAACUGAAUUUCUGUUUGACUAAA